GGACAGCGACGACCUCCCCAUCUUCCUGAUUUAUGUGAAAAAUGCAAGUGGGGUGAAGAGAGAUGCUGGGAGUACAAAUAUAGGUGUCAGUGAUUUCUAUUUAUGUAUUUAUUUUUAAACAAUUUCAUCUUCAAACUGAUAUAAGAGGAAAAAAUGGUUCACAUAUAUUUUUUUUAAAUAUCCCUUAAUGCAAUAAAAUAUAUUAAUAAUUUUUUACUUAAUGAGCAUUCCACUUUCAUGGUCAUUAUGAAGUCAUUUGAAUGGAAGAUGUUAACAAGUUGUCUUUUUUUGUAUAAUGGGAUACAUUAUCCAUAUAUAUUUUAUCCAUUUAUAUUAUAUUUGUAUAUACUACAAUAAUCCAAAACUUGAAUAAAAUUAUUAUUUAAAUGUUAA